CUGAGAUGGAAAAGAAAAAGAACUUGUGAAAGGGAAUGUAUAAUUUUCUUGUACGGUGGAGAGCAAAAAAUGGAGAAGACAAAAAAGUGACUGAGACGGAAGCAGCCGGCUAAUGAUUCAACAGUCAAGAUUCAGCAUGUGGAAGGGCCUGAAUGUGAACUGCACAGACAGCUCAGGAUACACACCUUUACAUCACGCUUCACUCAAUGGACACAGGGACGUGGUGCUGAAGCUGCUUCAGUUCGAGGCGUCCACACACGUCUCGGACAGUAAAGGCUGCUUCCCGCUGCACCUGGCCGCCUGGAAGGGAGACGAUGAUAUCGUCCGAAUCCUCAUCCACCACGGACCCUCGCCCUGCCGAGUCAACCAGCAGAAUCAUGAGAGGGAAACGGCUCUUCACUGUGCGGCCCAGUACGGCCACUCGGAGGUGGUUGCAGUGCUGCUCCAGGAGCUGACCGACCCCACGAUGAGGAACAGCCAGCAGGAGACGCCCCUGGACCUGGCGGCGCUGUACGGACGACUUCAGGUGGUGCGCAUGCUGGUGAGCGCUCACCCCAACCUCAUGACCUGCCACACCCGCCGCCACACUCCGCUUCACCUGGCCGCACGGAACGGCCACCACAGCACGGUGCAGACGCUGCUCGAUGCCGGCAUGGACGUCAACUGUGUGGGUUGA